AUGGGCCGAAAGUUUCAUCUUCUGGUUGGGAAGAUUGGGCCAUUGUCCGAGCGGAUGAAACAAAAAAAGACGAAGGCAGAAAAGAAAAGCAAGAAGACGGCAAAGGAACAGUACCCCGAGGACGAAAGUUUGGGAAAGAAGUGCAAAGAAAAUGCUAGAAACAAAGAGAAAGAAAGGGAACCUGGCAACGAAGAGGCAGGUAAAAGAAAAAGCACCGAAGAUCGCCGAAACCAGAGGAGUGAGAUCGCCGGAAAGCUGGAACGCGAGGAGCAGGGGAAGCACGCGAGAGCGAGAGUGCAGCGAAGGGAGAAAAUCGAGCUUUUAUAG